AUGGAUUGGCAAAUUGGAUUAUGUUAUCACCGAGUCCUGCCAGCCAGCAUUUCGGUGAUUCGAUUAUUAAACCCUAUGUCACGAACAUCGUCGGCCGCCAUUUGCGAUGAAAACGAUUUAACGAGAAACCUGCGGCAAUGUCUACGUCUGUUUGCAUUAGGCGGAUUAUUCCCAAAUGAAAAAACUGCUCGAGUAAGCUCGGUCCGAUCCAAUUUGUUUCAGUUUGAUAUAAUACAAUAUUAUUUUAUAAAUUGGUGGCGGUUCCUAAAACUUUUACGACCACCUUAG